AUGGGUGCUGUGACGACGACGCUGCUCUGCAACAACGCCGUGCCCGUGCGGUGCUCCUGCACGCUCCUCGCGCUGCUGCUCUGCUUCCAGCUCCUGCACACAUCAUCGCAGGCCUUCAAGCUGCGCGGCGGCGGCUACGAGGAGAAGAAGGUCCCGCUGGCCGUCAUCGUGCCGGACCCUUCGCCGGAGCUGUCGGGCCUGUCCCCGUCCCCGCUCGCCGCGCCGCCACCGGUCCACGGCGGCGGCGGCGGCGACGACAUGCGGCCCAAGCUGCCGACGGAGCGGUGGCACCGGGGCAGGGGAGAGGUCCGGCGCGCCGCGCACCCGCCGGCGGCCACGGCCGCCCACGAGGCGCCAACGGCGGCACCGUCGGCGUCGGCUGGCCCCGCCAGAGCCCCCGCCGCCGGGGCGCCGGCGCCGGACUCCGGGAGCGGAGGCACGGCGUUCAUCAGUAGCAGCCCCGCCGUGCCGGUCCCGCGCGGCGUCACGGACACGGCCACCAUCCUGCCCAUGCCCGCGCCCGGAGAAAAGCGCCAGGAGGUCGGAGCCGGCAGUUCGGUUGAAGCCGCCUGUGCAGUGCCGCUGCUGCUGGGGGUCAUGGUGAUGAUGGCGUCCUUUGGGAUUUAA